UAGAGCCUCAGCCUGCAGAUCGUUCCAGAUUCAGUCAAUAAAAAGGUGGAAUUUGCACAAAAAUCAAUCGAAUUCAGUUCACAUUGUGCGUGAUAAACGGAAAACUUGUGAAGGCAUCAUCGAUUUUGAACGCACUGUUUGGGAAAUCCGGGCUGUUUUUUCCUAAGAUCGAGCCGACAGCAUUAUGUCAGUGAGAGUAGUCUUCGAAAUUGGCCACGAGGCCGCGAGGAAGCCUCUGACAACACCGGAAGGCUUUACGCACGACUGGGAAGUGUUUGUGCGAGGUUUCGACAACGGCGAUAUUAGCCCGUUUGUCGACAAGGUGAUCUUCAAUCUGCAUGAAUCGUUUCCAAGGCCGAAACGAGUUGUUAAGGAGCCACCAUACAUCGUAAAGGAAGCGGGAUAUGCUGGUUUUCUCCUGCCAGUUGAGAUAUAUUUCAAAACAAACAAAGGAGAAGAGCCCAAGAAAAAAGUUUACACCUACGAUUUGGACCUGCAAGCAUAUAAGAUGCAGCGAGAGGAGUACAUUGUACCAAACCCAUCCGAUGAUUUCAAGCGAAAGCUUUUGAAGGGUGGCGGUGUUCAACUGAACAGUUCAAUGGCAGCAUCUUCGGCUUCCGCUGAAUAUAAAAACCGACACAGUAAUAGCGCUAGUAACGACAAAACAUCUUCGCAAGAUAAAAAGUAUAAGAAAAGCUCCGGUGAUGACUCGAAGGUUCAAAACACGUUUGCAAAUUUAUUUGGACCCCCAAUUACCAAAGGUAGCAAUAAGGUUUCACCGGAUCCAAAGCAAGGUUUAUCCUCGUCAUCCGGCAGUAAGACAUCUCCGACUUCGGGAGCUGCAGCUGGUGCUGGAAGUAACAGUAAGAGUCAGCAGGUUACCCAGAAGAAUGAUCGUUCCAGUUCAAGCUCAAGCUCCAAGGAUAAGGACAAAAGCGAUAAGGAUAAGUCCUCCAAGCAUAAACACUCUAGUCCCAACAAAGAGAAGGAUUCGAAAAAGUCCUCGGCAAGCGAAGAAAAGCAUAACAAGGAAAAGAAGGAUAAAAGUCACUCGAAAGAGCGCGAUAAGACAAAAGAGAAAAGCUCCAGCAGCUCAUCCUCCUCGUUUUCAAAACGACCUCCAAGUCCAAAGAGAACUCCUUCGGCUUCACUGUCAACAGCUGCUACCGUGAGUAGCAGUCCUUCAAGUAAGAGGCAUCCAUCUCCUGCAGCACCGGCGACCUCCUCAGUGCCAGCAACAGUUCCAAAACCAUCCGAAGAGAAAGCGGCAAACAAACACAGCAGUGACAAGGAGAAAAAGAGAGAAAAGAAGGAAAAGAAAAGCUACGAUAAAGAAAAGGAUCGUAGCGAGAAGAAAGAUCGGGAUGUCAAGAAGGACAAAGAUCACCAGAAAAAUUCCAUUAGUGAGCAACAGACGGAUAAACCGAAAUCCGAUCUCAUCAAACCGAGCAAACUGGAUCAAGCAGCCAAGUUUGAUUCUAAACUGUACUCAAAAGAGAAAAAAAUCUCCGAAGAUCUCCCGAAGUCCGUUCCAAGUGAGCCGGUUCCCGUGGUGCCUCCGCCUGCCCAGGAAGCACCUUCAAAGCGGCCGGAAAAGCCUGAAACCAAGGAAAAGGAGAAGGAAGAACGAAAGCACAAGCACAAGAAGAAGGACAAGUCUAAAGAUAAGGAGAAGGAUAGAUCCUCGAGCAGCAAAGAUAAAAAAGAGAAAAAGGAAAAGGAAAAGUCAUCCAGUAGUAAGUCAAAUUUUCCCACACCUCCAGCUGCCAGGGAACCAGAACCAGUAAGUCCGAUUAAACCUGCGAAACUAACGGAUUCCGUAAAAUCUCAUCCACUGGAACGAGAAAGCGCGCAGAUUCCAGCGUUACCGCCAAAAAGUGCGCAUCAAGGUGGCAACAGCAGUGACUCAGAGGCAGACAGUCCGCCACCGUUAAACCCAGACAAAGACUCGGAGAACUCUAACAGCAGCAUAGCGGAUUUGAUUGCAACAAGGCCCGCGUCUGCUACUUCCUCCAAUGCAUCCUCCAAUAUUGUAAGGCAACCAGAGCAGAAGCCUCCGCAUGAACCGGCACCGCCAGCGAGCGAACCCACGAAACCGGAAAAAAAUCAUCACAAGAGCAAAAAAGAAAAAGCUAAAAGCAGCUCCGCCGAAAGCAAGGAGGAAGGCAAAAAGCGAAAAAGAAAGAACAAAGAUGCGGAAGCCGAGAAAGAGAAGGAAAGCAAAAAAUCAUCAGCCACCCUGCAGACGGCGGCAUCAGCAGUUGUGCAGCAACAACGCAGUCCUUCACCGCCAUCGCCUCCUCCCACAAUGAUGGAGCCGCCAUUGAAAAUUCCCAAACGAGACGAUCACUACAAGCGCGACGAACCAUCUCCGGUCCCGAACAAUAACAACUCCAAGCCGGGCUUGGUUGAAGAGACCGCUCCCACGUCGUCCUAUUACAACAAUAACAACAACUCAUCGGCUGCUGUUAUGGCAUCGCCCGCCCUGCCGCCACCGUCCGCGUUACAGGCGCCCUCAAACAACAGUUCUAGCAGUGCUCCUCCGAUGGGAGCACUCUCCGGUGACUACAUGUCCGAGCUGAAAGAUUUACAGCACAAGAUCAUGACCCUGCAGGACAACAACGAACUGCAGCGGGUUGUGGAAAUGAUCGCCGCCACCGGAUGCUACGAAAUCACCAGUGCAACGUUCGACUUCGACCUGUGUGCCCUGGAUCGGCACACGGUGCAGCGACUACAGGACUUCUUUGCGACGUCCUGCUCAUCCUGACAGUAAACCACAGUGACUGGUUCACGGCUCUCCGCCUUUUUGUGGCUCAACAGCUGUAAGUUCCUUCGUAUACUAUUCUACAGAUUCCGAACGUGGUUUUCUUUUUUUUUUUUUACUAAUUUAUCAUUGCAUCGGCUGAUUUUAGCCUAUUAAAAUUUUAUUUAUCAUAUUAUUUAUUGCCCACCAUCUAGCUAUUGGGAGUUGUUGGGCUCCGCGUUUAAUGCACUCUGGUUUACUCUACAAUGGUGAAUUUUCGUUUCUAUGAUCAGCGCGAAUUUUUUUUUCUAGUGAUGUACAAAAUAAUUUCGUCUUAAAGAAACUGAUCCAUUGCACAAAGUAAUCCCUCUUCUCAGACAGAUGUAGAAUUUACCUUUCUGAUGUAUAUUUGUAUAUACAAUUUCUAUAAGGCUUCUCAUUACAUGAAUUUAUAUGUAAAAAUAUCGUACUGAAAAAUGAACAAAUUUGGAACAAGAUAGAAUAAAAAUUAUCAAUACAAAUUCUAGGCUUUAGGUGAACAAUGGAAUGCAUACUAAAAAAGGAAACUGCAUACAUUACACAAGCAGUACUGUGUAUGGCCUUUUGAUCCCUUUUAUCCAGGAGUAACGGUAACAACCUGCUUUUAUCCUGAGACACCUGUUGUAUGCAAGCUUUGUACCUACGGAAGCGCUACGGGGAAAAACAGUAACUAUUACUAUAUUACCAUACCGGGGGGAUGUUACAACUAUGUUUGCAGGGAAUGAAGUAAAACUGGUAGUACACUAUUGAGGUGAUUUUUGUGGAAAAUAUUGUUAGCAGUAGGACAACAUAUAGAAAGUGCAAUGAUAAAGAUUAUAAUAUUUUUUUGAAACGAUGGUUCUACAAUUGAUGAAGGGACGGUAAGGGAAAGAAAUGAAAA